AUACGAUUUCCAUUAAUCGUCGCCAAUUUGCAUAUAUCUACCUAGGUAUAUAAGAGUAGACAUCCUUCUUCCUCUUCGCUUCACUUCUACUCAUCACCAAGCCCGUCACCUUAAAACGUACUAGUCGUCCAUCCCGGUACCUCAGUAGGUUUACAUCGGUGUACCUCUCAUUUUACAGAAAUAUUACGUUUACUUUAUACGCCUAUCUCCAUUUAACAUCAUGAAUCCUGCAAACCAACAAUAUUACGGUCAAUACCCGUCAGCUCCUCCUAAUCAAACAGGACAACCUCAUUCAGGAUACCAGCGACCUCCCCAAGGGACAUCUUACUAUCCCCCUGCCGAGUUGCCAGCACCAGUACAACCAUCAUACCAGCAGACUUCAUAUUCCAAUUAUGGUCCUCCUCAGAAUCAGUCACAGCCCAGUCAAUAUCAACAAUAUCCUCCACAACAGUACCCUGGCGGACCACCUCAAGCUCUCCGGCCCUUCUCUCAAGCCCAACCUGCGCAAUACCAGAAUCAGCCCUAUUCCGCUCAACAGCUACCUCAAGCACCUCAGGCGCCAUAUGGUCAACCACCAGCUCAGUAUGGACAGUUUUCCCCAAACGCAUAUCAAGGACCUAAUGGGCCGAACCCACAAGGACCAGCGCCUUAUCCUCCCCAACAACACCCUAUACAUCCGGGUGCUCAACAGUGGCCGCCAUCACAGCAGUUUCCUCCGAAUCAUGGAUAUGACGUACCCCCAACUCCACCCUCAGCAGGAUACGACCAAGCCCAGAGAGCGUAUCACGCCCCAGUUGAUACUUCAGCCGAUUGUGAAGCUUUGCGAAAGGCUAUGAAAGGAAUGGGAUGUGAUGAAGCAGCUCUUAUCCGCGUGCUAACCUCAACAAAAUAUGACAACCCAUGGGCGAUGGCACAACUUGUUCAAGACUAUAACAAGCGUUUCAUUCGUGAUUUAGCCAAAGAUAUUGAGAGUGAAACUCGCGGCGAUUUGGAAACAGCACUACUAGCUCUUAUUCGUGGCCCCCUCGAGAAUGAUGUUAGGGUUCUUAUUAAGGCAUUGGAUCGCGCCGGCACCGACGAAGAUGCUCUUAUGGAUGUUCUUCUAUGUCGCUCGAAUGCCGAUAUUCGCGCCAUUACUACCGAAUACAAGAGAAUAAAGGGACACGAUCUUUUAGUAGAUAUUAAGGAUGAUGUGGAUGAUACGCUAUUCCGACUCUACAGCAUGGUACUCUCGGCAACCAGAGCCGAAGAUACAGCACCCAUUACCGCCACAGAUAUUGAUCAGAAGGUGACAGAAGUACAGCGCGCGACCGAAGGUAUGAUAGGUACCAAUGCUAUCGCUGUGGCUCAGGUUUUUGCUAGCUGCAAUGCUUCUCAACUACACGCUGUCUCGGAGGCAUAUAGGCGAAAGUACCAUCGCUCACUCGAGGAGGUCAUCGAAAAGGAGUUCCGAGGUGAUAUGGAAGACGCACUACUCUAUAUGCUAGAGAGCGCUAUCGAUAGAGCGCGGUCGGAUGCCAAGAGACUGGAGAAACCACUUUACAGGACACCACGCAAGGAUCGACUUUUCAUCAAUAGAGUCGUUAGCUUGUACUGGGAUCGGAGUCGUUUAGACGCGGCUAAGAGUGCGUAUCAAAGAUACUCCUCUACAAGGGCAUCACUUCGUAACUCGAUUAAAGCUCUUUUGAGUGGAGAUUAUGAGGACUUGAUGGUGGCUCUAAUUCGCGAGAGGAGGUAGGUCUAGAAUUUGGAGACUGACAUGAAUUGUUAGCCUAGGUACAUGACUACUUCGGUAGGUAGUUUCUCAAAUAUAUUGAUUCUGGUUCCUUUACUACCUUUGCUUCGUGUGAAUUUCCCCCAGGACAGUCUCUCCGAUUGUCCUCUUCUAAGAUACACCACUUUGUGUCCCAAAUUAUCGCUCCGAUAUAGUACCUAUAGAUAUCCGACCUAUUUCUAAUCUCCUAAUAAUACCAAAUCAAAUAUACC